GUACCAAGAGAAAUAACUUUCCUUAUUCGAUCUUGAUGGGAACCAAGCCCAUCGAGAGAAUACCAGCGAAUUGGGCCUAGGCCCAAUCUAGAUCCCGUCCAUCAAAAGGAGAAUCUGGCCCAGAGAAAAUGUACUGGGCCGGUCAAGGGAAGUUGUCCGCGCGAACCAACUUGGAAGGGAGAGAAAAGCUUUCAUCUCGUGAUCUCAGAAAACAAAUAACUCUCUCCCAAUCCAGGCAUGAAACACAAGACAAAUCUUGUGAGCAGAGUCUACACUCUAAAGCCCCUAAGAGUUCUCAUCCAAGAGACUCUCAGGCAGCAACAGAAAGAUUCGGCGCCAACUCCCCCAUAGUCCGAAAGUUAAUCGGAUGGCUCAACAAGGAAGGAGAGGCCCGGUCCCAAGGGACCCAGAAGAAGACGAGCCAAGGAGAGAGUGAGGUGGUGGAGAGCCAAGGACGCAUAUCAGUGCAUAAGAGGAUGCGCAAAAGUGCAUCUCAGAGGCUGGGACCCAGAACUGAGGAAUCUGGGGAAAAUUAUGAGGAUCCUAGCAAUGAAGAUACCAGGGAUAUCCUCAAACUGAGGAAAGAGAUGGAGGAACUAAAAAGGCAAAUCGAUAGGGAUGGGUCUUUCGGGCCCACCGUGGAGGUAAUUUCCCCUUUUACUUCCAGGGUAAUGAAAGCUAAGCUGCCUAGGGGUAUGAAAGCCCCUGAAAUACGUUAUAGAGGAGUCACUGAUCCCAAUGAUCACUUGGCCGCAUACCAAACUCACAUGUUGAUGCACGCGGUGGAAGAUGAAAUCCAGUGUCGCCUUUUCGUAGGGACUUUGGAAGGGCCGGCCGUAAAAUGGUUCCUCACCCUUCCUAAUGGGACCAUUUAUUGCUUCAAAGAUCUUGCUCAACUCUUCCUCAAUGCCUAUGGAGGAAGGUUCCAGCCAAAGAAGCACUUCACCCAUCUUUUCUCCUUAAAGCAAAAGGAGGGAGAAACCAACACUGAGUUGGUGCAAAGGUGGAAUGAGGCAAUUAAUGAGGUGGAGCCCAUGGACGAUAAGACUUCCAUAGCUCUGUUCAUGAGUGUUCUAAGAUCGGGAGAAUUAUUCAGAAGGGACGCCCAACCUCAACAACAAGUCCAGGAGAACUCGAAGGAAUUCCCCCAAGUAGGAGUCAUCUUUGGCGGUCCAGAAAUGGGAGUCACAAACAAGGAGAGGAAAGAGUGGGCCCGCAGGCUAUAUGUGGGAUCUGUUGACGUGGGACAAGUGGCCAAGAAAGGAAGACAGGAGCCCAUUGUCUUCUCAGACGAAGACUUUCCGUUCAUUCCUAGUUCUCAUCGGACCCCCGUGGUAAUUUCUAUGGCUAUUCACAAAUUUUUUGUUAAAAGAAUAUUGGUGGACACAGGGAGUAGUGUCAAUGUGUUAUACCGGGAGGUGGCCCAACAAUUGGGAAUCAGGAAGGAGGAUCUCACAAGGCUUAAUAUGCCCCUGUCCGGGAGGCCUGGACUAGAGGACUUGGGAGGGGCGCUGUCCCUUGAACACUUAUGCCUCAAGUUUAGGACUCCCCAAGGUAUUGGAAGAGCCCUUGGUGACCAGCCUGCAGCCAAGAAGGCUUAUCUAAACGCCUGCAAGAAGAUAGACAAGGAGAACCCCAAUAUCCAAACCAUUGGACAAGCCUUGGAAAAUAAAGAAAGGAAAGAGGAGGACCGGGAGAGGCCUAAGCCAGCUGUGGAAAUGGAAGAAGUGAUGCUAUUCCCUGAUGGGGAUCCAGAAAAGUUCAUGUUUCGGGCCACCAACAAUGAAGCAGAGUACGAGGCCCUCAUCGGGGGAAUCCCAUUUGCUCUAUUCAUGAAGAUAAAGAACAUUCGCCUUAAAUCCGACUCAAAACUAGCCAUUGGGCAGCUAAAAGGAGAAAUGGAGGCCAAGGAAGGAAGGUUGAAGAGAUACAGAGACUGCGCCAGGACCCUACUUGGAAAAUUUGAGUAUUAUGAACUCAUUUAUGUUCCAAGGGAGGAAAACGAGGAGGCGUACAUGCUCGCCAAGUUGUGUAGGACCGUUCCCGUCCACAUGGAGAGCAUGGUGAGACAGCACGAGAAUACUUGUCUUGUUUGGGAAGAGGAGGUCCAUGUCCUUGAGAUAACCGGUCCAAGUACAAGAUGGAUGAGCCCCCUGUUCACAUAUCUUGAAAAAGGAGAGCUCCCUGUUGACCCCAAGGAGGCCCGUAGAGUCCAAUUGAUGGCCCCUAAGUAUCAGUUGGAUGGAGGGAGACUGUAUAAAAGGACCUUGGGUGGACCGAUGCUCAAGUGUUUGAGUGAAAGAGAAGCGGGAAGAAUACUGGAAGAGGUACAUCAAGGAGUCUGUUCUGCCCAUCAAGGUGCCCUCACUCUAGAAAGAAAGGUGAUACUCCCGGGGUUCUAUUGGCCCACUUUGAAGAAGGAUGCACUAGAAUUGUUGGGGAUUGGGUCCUGCGAAAAAGGGAGAAAAGUCAACCCACUGGAGGAGGAAAGUUAGCCCAGAAUUGGGAAGGCCCAUAUCGUGUGGAGAGGGUUGUGCGCGCAAGUACCUAUCAAUUGGCCUCAUCCGAAGGGAAGGCAUUAGACAAUUUUUGGAAUGUGGAGCAUCUGAAAAAAUUCUACCAGUAGAAGCUGUCCAUU